UCGAAGCUUACUCGACGGACUUUGGUGACAUGGCUGGAUGAAGAAGACGUUGGCUAUUGGAGGUGGCCACUUGGGAAGAUAGCCCCCAGCCUCCUUUGCCCAUGAUGGUGCCCCCGUUCAACGUGGGUAAAGAUUGAAGGCGUCUUUGAUGUGUCCGCCAUCCACGUCCCUGGCUCUCUCAUCCAGUUGUGCUGGAUCCUCUGAUUCUUUUGUAUGCUUCAGGAUUUUCGGGGGUUCCCGUGAAGAUCUAGGAAUUUUGGGUUGGUGAUUGGGAAGUGGCGCGUGCCGAAACAUUUGCAUCAGCUUUGUGUUCUUGUGAAUGAGUGCCGUGUGCUGGAACUGCUUUGCGAGCAUCGACAUUGUUUGGGCCAGAUUCUAACUUCUUUCCUCGAGAAUUCUCCACUUUGUUGGAAAGCAAGUAAAUUUGAAGUGGUGAUUUAGGGCGGGAGGUUUUUGGUGUAUUUUUUUAUUUUUAUUUUUAUUAUUAUUUUGAGAGGAGGAGGGCGGUGUUAUCGAAGGGCAGCUAGGAUUAGGGAUUGCGGGUUACAUUUGUUUGAAUUCCUCGGGGUUGCAGACUUUUUGAUUAUGAGAACGCUCAAAUUGCUAUCAUUUGGUCCGGCCAGUCUAUGUUGGACAGCACAAGUGGCACCCUUCUAUGUAGCCUCACAGCAGUUUUGCACAUCCGUGUGUGCGGCGCAUGAAUUUAUUUCGGGGGUUCAGUUGCGAGAGCGCGGAGGCAUCAGGCAGAAGGUGCGACCACGACUUGCAGAGAGAUCGUUCAGUGAGCUUUUAAGCACUAGCUAUGACGGGUUUGGAGUCCCCGGUGGUUUUAUGCAUUGCCAGAGGCAGCUUCACAGUAGAGUUGCAAGUAAGAAAGGUAAAAAGUCUGAGAAAGAUGUGUUAGUCGAAGACAGGGAAGAGGAAGUAGAGGGAGAGGGUGAAACCGAGAAAGUUGAGGGGAAGAAGAAGAAGAAGAAGAAACAGCAGAAAUCGAAAGAUCUAUCGUACAAUGGCGUUGCCUCAGAGAUAGAUGAUGGUGCAGUCAAUGCGCAAAACAUAAUUAUGGAGGAGGUUCAGGACUCUGAGUUGCACGCAGAAUCGAAGGGGAAGAAGAAGCUGAAGGAAAAAGCUAUAACCGAAGGGAUUGAGAAUGAACAGGCUGAUUCAGUGUUGGUGCAGAAUGGUGCAUUCACUGCGGAGAUCCGGGAGCCCAAAUUGUCUAGUGAAGGGAAAGAAGAGAAGAAACUCAAGAAUAAGAUUAAGCACGGAGAACCUGGGAGAGAGAAAUCCAAUGAAUCGAACUCCUCAACUGAGUUUCACAAAAAGGAGAAAAAGGAUAAGAAGAAAUUGAAGGAUAAAGGUACCGUUGCGAAAGGUGCUGUAUCAGGAGUAGUUGUGUCGGAAUCAGCUGAAGAGCACCAGGCUUUGGACGGCGAUGAUGAGUCUUCAAGGGUGAUAGAGGAUGACUUGGCAGAGGAAUUAGGGGAGCACCUGGAUGAUGAUGAUUUCUGGGAAGAUGACUUCGAACCAGAAGCUGAGCUGAACGACGGUGGGGAUGGAGGAGGCAUAGUGCUGGGAGAUGCUCCUUGGGCUAAGGCAGCUCAUCGAUUAGCAGAGGAGACGGUGGCUCAGUUUGACGGUCUUGAAAUCUUUGCUUUCAAAGCAUCAAAAGAAUCUGGCAUCAUUCGAGUCCGGGUGGAUAAGUUAUCAGACAAAUAUGGUUCCCCAUCAAUGGAUGAGAUUCAGAAAUUCUCCUCGACAUACUCAAAAGCCUUGGACAAAGCCGGAGAAGAAAAAACUGUUCCUGACGAUUUGGCUUUGGAGGUGUCUUCUCCCGGAGCUGAGCGUGUAGUGCGUAUUCCCCAAGAUUUGGAGCGCUUUAAGGACCUGCCCAUGUACGUGAGUUACAUUGAAACCUCAAGUGACAGCAGUUCAGAAGAGAAGGACGGUAUAUUGGAGCUCGAGUCAUUUGAUGUAGAGAGUGGUUCUGCCAAAUGGAAGCUGGCCAAUGUUCGUUUGAAUAGAGAUUUAGCCGGGAAGGGUAGAGGAAUGAAUAGGAAACAAAGAGAUUGGAGACUGGACUUAUCGUUUGAGAACACCCGGAUGGUUCGGUUGUAUAUAGAUAUGUAAACAGUGCAUUCAGGCUAUGAGGCUGUGUUUUUCGGCACAGGAUGUGGCUAGAGUUGAUUAUCCAGAACAAGUAGAAAAGUUUGGCAUUCACACACAAGACCUCUGGUGGAGCUUCCUAUAUGUUCGACGGAAGUAGAGUAGACUGGACUAUAUACGGUAUUGUUUUCUAUAUGGGAUGUACCGGUUUGCACAUCGGCUUUGGAAGGUAACAUCAUUUAAAUUGAGUGCCUACCUCAAAAACUUUCUUCUAUUUUA